CUGAGUGAUUUUUCUUCUUCUUUUGAAUAGAGGUGAAUUACAUACUUUAUUACUAGUUUUACUAUUAGUUGCCAUUGAUUAAAUUAGCUUUACUUUAGUUAUAUCAUACUUUAAUAGAAGAAAGGACACUUGAAGUGAACAUCGCUCAAAAGGUGAAGAAUUUAUUGAGCUUGAACUCAAGCAGCUGUCUCUUUCACAGUCAAAAAAAGUGCAACACACUGUAAAUGUCAGUAAUGGUGUUCAGUUCGAACCGGAGUCAGACCAUGAUGCCUGCAGAGCCAGAGAAUAUAUGCUGCAUGGAGACAGAACAGCUAUAGUUUAGUUUAUUAGUAGUACAAGCGUGUUAUAGUGGACCCCGUCCGAAUGAUGGCCAAAACUUUACUGAUAAGUUUUAUGAAUUUUAUUAUACAGUGCCCUCCACAAAUAUUGGCACCCUUAGCAAAUAUGAGCAAAGGUGGCUGUGAAAAAAAUGUGAAUGUGCAAUUCACACUAUGAAAAAAUGUUUUUCUCCAAUACAUGUUGGCCACAAUUAUUGGCACACCUACAAAUUCGUCAAACCAGUGACGUUCUGCUCAUGUCACGGUCAGCCUCUGAAGUCAUUCUCUCAGUCCGAGUGACCAGAGACUCUGGUGGUCUUCCACUAUUCAUAGAACCAAGGUUACACCAGUAACCGGCGUUCUAUUUCAUGGUUAAAGACCGCCAGAGAUGGUCGAACAUAGUGGAAGACGAAUACAACCAAGUCACGAGGACUACACCAAUCUAAACGCUGUCUGACAACACAGCAGAACUGACAAAAGGAUGAUGUGUAAAUGCAUGAAUAAAUCAUUUACAAAGCUUUCUGCAUCCCCUAAAGUGUAAACUAUUCUUCACUUGUAAAUGUGUUAUAUAUCAUUUAUAGACCUUUCUUACCUGUUACAAAUUAUUUGUAUAUGUAUACAAGUCAUUUAUAACACUUUUUGCAUCCCCUAUUCUAGUGUAAACUAUUCAUCACUUAUAAAUGUGUUACACAUCAUUUGCAGAUGUUCCUGUUUGUUACUGCCACAUUUGCGUUUCUAUUCAUUUUCUGUAUUUUAUUAUUAUUACCGUUAAGUGCCACUAGGGGCGCUGUAGCUUAAGAGCGAGCUUCGUAUGCAGAGAAGAGGUUAAUAAAGAAGAAGAAGCGAGCUCUCUAGAGAAAGAAGCGAUCUCUCUAGAGAAAGAAGCGAUCUCUCUAGAGAAAGAAAGAUGCAUGACUAAAGUGUGGUCACUAAGCUAAUAAGAGAAAUAAGAUCAACAAAAAGAAGAAGAAAAAGACUUAAACUAAUUCCUCUCUCGGUACUCAGCCAACGAGUUUUCACGGUGUGUUUAUGAUCCUGACUAAGCUGGAUUCAAUAAAUCCAUCAGUAUGAGAAAGCCACUUGUGUCUGUUGGUACCUGGAGGAAUUACAGUGAAAACUCGUACUGAUCUGCAUGCGGGUGGAGGUGAGGCGGCAUGAUCAAAGGAGCAGCAGUCUUGCCACAGCGUGAUCGGCACGUGAACAGAGCAGGGAGCGCGCACGGGACCAAAGCACACGAUUUGAAGAGCAACACUUUAAGAUAAGACAAUAAGAUUUGUGGACACUCAUAAGUUAAGGGUUUGUCUAAACAAGGAAAACAAAACACAAGUUUAUGGUUGAUUAAUCAAACUGUGAAAAGUGAAAGUAACGUUUUGCUAUUCCUAGUUUUGUUUUAUUGGGCUAUUUGUAAAAUUCUGUAUUUUAUGUGAACGGUUUAAAUGUGAAUAACUCUUAUUCGAAUACGUUUUGGGUAUAUUUAAGUUGACAGUAAUUUAAGUUACAUUCAUAUUACUGCAUUAAGAUUCAGUGUUACAUUUUUAUUUUAUUCUGCCUUUAUAUUUUAACUGCCUGCAGUACAGGGAUGACUUUUAGUUAACGUAAAGAUUUUGCUGUUUAGUGACAAGUGACAAGACGUUAAAAUGACUGAUCCAAAUAUACCACUAAAUAGUGCAGAACCCCAGAUGCAGUCUGAAGAAACCCAAUGUACUGAUCUUAGUGAGCAGCAAGAAUCAGUACAACUUAGAAGAAGUCAGAGAGUGAAAACACUCACAGAAAAGGGAAGAGAAAUGCAGGAUGAGAGGAUUAAAGGACUCCAGCAAAGAUUUAACUACAACUAUGAAAAGUGGAGAACACGUGCAAAAGCAUCCAAGUUACCCCUCUCUCAAACAGAACCCUUGAAUAAAGACAUACUUGAAGAUAUUAUUGGUGAUGUUAGAGGUCUUUGUGCAGAUGUCACAAAAGUUUAUGAAGAGUUACGUAAGCUCACCCCACCGGAUCAGGAGUCACGUCGCAGAGUUGAUCUGUGUGUGGAGAUCUCAGGUUUCCUCGUGAAUAAAGCAACCAGCCGAUUGGAAGGAAAAGAGGAACAAGAUUGGCCGGAAACAGGCUCCCUCUUUCAAACUGUAAGCAAUAAGUCAAGCUCCUUCAACACCACUAAGAACUCAUCUGAGCAUUCACAUAGAUCCUCUAUAAAACGUCAAGAAGCCGCAGCAGAAGCAGCAGCGAGUCAAGCUGUUCUCAAAAUAUUAGAAGAACAAGAAACGGAACAGCAAGAGAUAGAAAGACUAGAAGCUGAAGUCAGGAAAAAAGCAGUAGAACAAGAAACAUUGAUUAGACAAAAGCGCUUAGAAAGAGAGACAGAAGAAAUUAGAUUAAGAAUGCAGAGAGAAGCAGACGAAGCAAAGUUUAAGGCUCAACAAGAAGCAGAGUAUGCAGCUCUGCAGAGAACACUUGAUGAAAAGAAAAGAAAAGUACUGCACCUGGAAAAGGUCAAAGAUCUAAAGGCAGCACAAGCAAAGAUGCAGGUUUAUGACCAAAUGAGUGCAGUAGAAGCGCAAAAGAUCGAUGUAACAAAGAUUAACAACGAAAUGAAAGUCGCUGAACAUGUAAGCUUCCCAUCUCUGCUUAAACAAGUCAUACCCCAAGCUGCAGUCACUCCUACAAGUGAUGGUACAUCAGAUCUUGUUAAAGUGCUAGCAAGUGCAUUAAGUGCUAGCCGUAUCCCUGUUCCGGAACCUACUGUGUUUUCUGGGGAUUCCUUAAGUUACAGUGACUGGAAGCUGUCAUUUCAAACGCUGAUAGACCAAAAAAAUAUCCCAGACAAGGAGAAAAUAUUCUACCUUCGGAGAUAUGUGAAUGGACCGGCUAAGAGAGCGGUUGAAGGAUAUUUCCUGCUUGGAACUGAAUCUGCAUAUGCUGCUGCCUGGAAGAUUCUGGAUGAAAGAUAUGGAAAUCCAUUCACAAUCGCGAAAGCCUUUAGAGACAAACUGCAUGCAUGGCCCAAAAUUACUUCAAGAGACAGUUUCGAACUAAGAGACUUUGCAGAUUUCUUGCGCAGUUGUGAAGCUGCUACAGCUCACAUCAAGUCAUUAGAGAUCUUGAAUGACUGCAAUGAGAACCAAAAGAUACUUUCCAAACUUCCAGACUGGCUUGCUGCUAGUUGGAACCGCAAAGUUAUUGAAAUUGAAGAACAAACAAAUCAGUUUCCCACUUUCAGCCAGUUUGUUGAGUUUUUAUCGAGAGAAGCCAAGAUAGCCUGUAAUCCUGUUACAUCUUUACAGUCACUUAAACAAUGUGAGCCUAACAAAUCAGACAAACCGAAGCUUACAAAACAGAAAGAAAUUGGAGUUAAAACCCUGAUGACAACUUCACAAGAAAAGAUACAACUGGUAUGUGUAUUCUGUAAGAAACCUAAGCACAGUUUACACAAAUGCAGAAGUUUUCUGGAAAAGGCUGUGUCAGACAGAGUCAGCUUUAUUAAGUCAGAAAGGCUAUGUUUUGGUUGUCUCAAACCAGGCCAUCAUUCGAAGAGCUGUACCAACCGCAAUAUUUGUGAAAGGUGCAGUAAAGGGCAUCCGACUUGUCUUCAUGAAGAUAGAGUUAAGGACAAAGGAGAACAAAGGCAACCAAUAGCUAAUCUAAAUCCAAGCAACGAUAGGUCAAGUCAAAGCGACCGAGUUCAAGAACAAGUUACAGCCAUGGCUACGACUAACCGAGUUGCAAGUCAAGAAAAUAACACACAGACAGCUGCAAUCAUUCCUGUGUGGCUUUCAUCUUCCACAAAACACAAAGAAGUUCUUGUGUAUGCCUUACUGGAUUCGCAAAGCGAUACAACCUUUGUUCUCAGUGAAGUUGCAAAGUUACUAGAGACAAACCAAGAACCUGUUAAAUUAGAACUGUCUACUAUGUCUUCCCAGACUACAGUUGUUCAGUCCGACAGACUUCAAAAUCUUCAAGUUCGUGGCCUUUACUCAAGUAAAAGAAUCACUUUACCUCCUACAUACACACGAGAAUUCAUUCCAGCUAACAAAGCUCACAUUCCAACUAAUGAAACAGCCAAAGCUUGGCCACAUCUGGAACACCUUCAAUCAGAAAUCGCACCUUUGCAAGAUUGCGAGGUAGGAUUGUUGAUCGGAUACAACUGCUCACAAGCUCUUCUGCCGAGAGAGAUUGUGUCAGGCAAGGAAGGCGAGCCAUACGCUCAACGCACCGAUCUUGGUUGGAGUAUAGUUGGACAAACCAAUCACUGCCUGAACUAUGGAGAUGCAAUUGGAAUUAGUCAUCGCAUUAUUGUCAAGAAAGUCAUCCCAGAGCUUAAGCCUUCUCUAAAGCUUCAGAACAAAGUCCACUAUGUCAAUAGGACAACAGUAAAGGACAUCACCCCUUCGGACAUUAUCAAAGCACUUGAAGGAGACUUCUCUGAAAGAGCCAUUGAGGGCAACCCUGUAUCACAAGAAGAUUUAAAGUUUCUCACAAAACUCAAAGAAAACAUCACACAAAAUGAGAGCGGCCACUAUGAGAUGCCACUACCGUUUCGUGACGAAAGACCCACAUUACCAGACAAUAGAAUAUGUGCAAUGCAUCGCCUAAAGUGUCUUGAAAGGAGAUUAAAGAAAGACAAAUCAUAUUACAAUGAUUACACAAACUUCAUGGAUGACAUCAUCUCAAGAGGAGAUGCUGAAAGAGUCCCUGACAAAGAGUUGAAUAACACUCCUGCAUGGUAUAUCCCACAUCAUGGGGUUUAUCACCCACACAAACCCGGAAGAAUCAGAGUAGUAUUUGAUGCCUCGGCCAAGUACCAGGAUACUUCUCUCAAUGACCACCUCUUAACUGGUCCUGACCUGACAAACGCAUUGGUUGGUGUUCUUUGUCGUUUCCGCAGAAGUUCUGUCGCAUUCAUGUGUGAUAUAGAGCGGAUGUUUCACCAGUUCCAUGUCACAAAAGAAGACCAGGAUUACUUAAGGUUUCUUUGGUGGGAGAAGGGAGAUUUGGAAGCAUCACCAUCAGUUUACCGUAUGAAGGUCCAUCUUUUUGGAGCAGCGUCUUCUCCAGGCUGUGCCAACUUUGGCCUGAAACACCUUGCUGCCCAAGGACAAGGUCAAUUCAAAGAAAACACCAUACACUUUAUACAGAGAAACUUUUAUGUUGAUGACGGUUUGGCAAGCGUUCCUACUGAAAGGGAAGCCAUUCAGCUCAUCAAAGACUCAAGAGAGCUCUGUUCCAAAGGAAAGUUAAGACUCCACAAAUUUGUGUGUAACAGUGAGAGAGUUAUGUCCACUAUUCCAGAAGAAGAGUGUGCCACAGUGAAAGACCUUGACUUGUCUUUAAGUUUACCACGCAUUGAAAGAGCUCUUGGAGUUGAAUGGUGCGUCACUUCAGACACAUUCAAAUUCAGAGUUCAAGUCAAGUUGAACCCCCUUACAAGAAGAGGUUUACUUUCUACUGUCGCCUCCAUUUACGAUCCCCUGGGGUUUAUUGCACCGUUCGUCCUCUUGGGAAAGCAGAUUCUUCAGCAAAUGUGCAAGGAUAAGGUUGGGUGGGACCACGAGCUUCCAGAGCACUUAAAACCCCAGUGGGAAUCCUGGAUUAAAGACCUUCCAAGUUUAGCUAACAUGCAGAUUCAAAGAUGUUUCAUUCCUACAGAUUUCGGUCAGGUUAAAAGCUACGAGCUUCAUCACUUCGCAGACGCCAGUGUCAAUGGAUAUGGUGCUUGUACUUACCUGCGAGCCAUUAACCAAUCAGAUCAAGUCCAUUGUUGCUUGGUAAUGGCCAAGUCAAGAGUCACACCUACUAGUGUCACAACUAUCCCUCGACUCGAACUCUCAGCAGCAGUUGUUUCAGUUAGAGUCAGUGAUCUACUCAGGACAGAACUUGAAAUCCCAUACGUUACUGAGUUUUUCUGGACCGACUCCACCGUUGUUCUCGGCUACAUAAAUAAUGAUGCCAAAAGGUUUCAAGUCUUCGUAGCGAAUCGGAUACAAAGGAUCAAGUCAAGCACAAAGCCAGAACAAUGGGCGUAUGUCGCAUCAGAGCAGAACCCUGCAGAUUACGUUUCUCGAGGCUUAACCGCAGAACAACUGAAGUCCUCUGAAUGGUUUGAGGGGCCAGCAUUUCUCUGGGAGAAGAACAUUCCUGAUAGAGAUGUUAAGGUGGGAGAGAUCAGGGAAAAUGAUCCAGAACUUCGCAAAGCCUCUGUGUAUACCAUCAAUGCAAAGGAAGAGCAAACCAUUUUCAGCAGAUUUGAGAAGUUUUCAGAAUGGUCCAGAUUGAUAAGAGCAUUUGCAAUCUUGAGAAGAAGGGUCAAGGAACACAAGGGUGAUAUACAAAGGAUCAAAGAAAGUACAACUUUGGAAGAAAGAAAACAAACAGAACUGUUUAUCAUCAAAAUUGUUCAAGAGAAAGCUUUCGCAGAAGAGAUAAAGAGUCUAAAAUCAAAGAAAAUAGUCUCCAAGACCACAAAUCAUAAUCUGUACAAACUAAGUCCGUUUCUGGACGAAAAAGGAAUCCUCAGAGUGGGUGGACGUUUGGGUCAAGCUGUACUACACCCGCAUGUAAAACAUCCAGCCAUACUUCCCAAGGACAGUCAUAUUUCAACUUUGCUGAUCAGACAUUUUCACACGAAGGUUCAACAUCAAGGUCGUGGAAUGACUAUGAAUGAGUUGCGUGCAAAUGGUUGGUGGAUUCUUGGGAGCAGCCGUGCAGUUUCAUCAUACAUCUUCAAAUGUGUCAGAUGUCGCAAAUACAGAAGGAAAACGGAGCAUCAAAGUAUGGGAGAUUUGCCAGUAGAACGAACUGAGUCUACCCCGCCUUUCACUUAUGUUGGGAUGGAUUGCUUUGGACCAAUAUACGUCAAAGAUGGACGAAAGGAGCUCAAGAGAUAUGGACUCAUACUAACCUGUCUAUGUUCACGAGCCAUACAUAUUGAAGUAGUAGACGACCUGAGUACAGACGCAUUUCUAAAUGCUCUGCGAGCAUUUAUUGCAAUAAGAGGAAAUGUGCGUCAACUGAGAUGUGAUAGAGGAACCAAUUUCAUUGGGGCCCAGAGAGAACUCGCAGAUCUCAUGAAAGAAAUGAAUCAGGAGAAGGUAAAAGCGCUUGGAUGUGAAUUUCUCAUGAUUCCCCCUUCGGCAAGCCAUAUGGGUGGAAUAUGGGAAAGACAGAUCAGGACCAUCCGUAGUGUUCUUUCAGCCAUCCUUGACCAGUCAGCAAAGAGACUCGACAGUACAUCCUUGAGAACCUUGUUGUAUGAGGUCAUGGCGAUUGUCAACAGUAGGCCACUUUCCAUCGAGCAUUUAAGUGAUCCAACAGGUCCUGAGCCAUUAACGCCCAAUCACAUCCUCACUAUGAAGUCAACCAUUGUUCAACCUCCUCCAGGAGAGUUUAUGAAAGAAGAUUUGUAUCUUCAAAAAAGAUGGAGAAGAGUACAAUAUUUAGCCAAUGAGUUUUGGAUUCGUUGGAGGAAAGAAUAUUUGCUCAACUUGCAACCAAGACAGAAGUGGAAUGUACACAGAAGGAAUCUGAAGAUAAAUGAUGUAGUGCUUCUACAAGAUGACAUGGCACCACGUAAUGAAUGGAAGCUUGCCAAAGUCACUGAUGUCUAUCCAGGAACUGAUAACAAAGUGAGAAAGGUUCGACUUUUGGUUAGUGAAAGGACAUAUGACAAGCAUAGUAAACUUGUGACUAAGACAGUCUCAUUAGAACGACCUAUUCAUAAGGUUAUUGUUUUGCUAGAAGCAGACUAAGGGUUUGUGUUUAUUUUCAUGUUCAGUUUGUCAGACUGAGUGUAAGUCAUAGAAAUCCCACAGUAAGAGUUGUGAGAUUGGUGGGAGUGUUACUGCCACAUUUGCGUUUCUAUUCAUUUUCUGUAUUUUAUUAUUAUUACCGUUAAGUGCCACUAGGGGCGCUGUAGCUUAAGAGCAAGCUUCGUAUGCAGAGAAGAGGUUAAUAAAGAAGAAGAAGCGAGCUCUCUAGAGAAAGAAGCGAUCUCUCUAGAGAAAGAAGCGAUCUCUCUAGAGAAAGAAAGAUGCAUGACUAAAGUGUGGUCACUAAGCUAAUAAGAGAAAUAAGAUCAACAAAAAGAAGAAGAAAAAGACUUAAACUAAUUCCUCUCUCGGUACUCAGCCAACGAGGUAUGUUUUGUAUGUUGUAUUUGUCAAAAUAGUUUUAUCUGUUAGUUUUCUUUCUUUAAGCUAAUUAUUGUUUGUUCUGUGCUUUAGUUUUCACGGUGUGUUUAUGAUCCUGACUAAGCUGGAUUCAAUAAAUCCAUCAGUAUGAGAAAGCCACUUGUGUCUGUUGGUACCUGGAGGAA